CUUACUGUCCAUUCAAUUGCUGUUACUACCAUUUUCUCCUAUCCAAAUGGCUUGCUCUGCUUCUUCAACUGCCCUUCUUUCUUCCAACCCAAAAGCUUCCAUUUCCCCCAAAUCCUCCUUUAAAGCCCCCAUUUCUCAAUGCCUCUCUGUUCCUUCCUCUUUCAACGGGCUCCGUAAUUGCAAGCCUUUUGUUUCUCCUGUAGCCCGUUCCCUCUCUUCUCGCGUUGCUCAAUCCCAACGCCGUCGUUUCACUGUCCGUGCCUCUAGUGAACUUCCACUUGUUGGAAAUCAAGCGCCAGACUUUGAGGCUGAAGCUGUUUUUGAUCAAGAAUUCAUCAAGGUUAAACUAUCUGAGUACAUUGGGAAGAAAUACGUGAUUCUCUUUUUCUACCCACUAGACUUUACAUUUGUUUGUCCAACAGAGAUCACUGCUUUCAGUGACCGUUAUGAAGAAUUUGAAAAGUUGAACACAGAAAUAUUGGGUGUUUCCGUAGACAGUGUGUUCUCCCACCUUGCCUGGGUCCAAACCGAAAGAAAGUCUGGUGGGCUAGGUGAUUUGAACUAUCCAUUAAUUUCUGACGUGACCAAGUCAAUUUCAAAAUCAUACAAUGUACUGAUCCCCGAUCAGGGAAUUGCAUUGAGAGGACUUUUCAUCAUUGACAAGGAAGGAGUUAUUCAGCAUUCAACCAUUAACAAUCUUGGAAUUGGUCGGAGUGUUGAUGAAACAUUGAGAACUCUUCAGGCAUUGCAAUACGUUCAGGAUAACCCGGAUGAAGUGUGCCCAGCUGGAUGGAAGCCUGGGGAGAAAUCCAUGAAGCCUGACCCCAAGGGUAGCAAAGAAUACUUUGCAUCCAUAUGAGGCGCGCAUACCUGGUUCCAGUCUUGCCAUAGACAAAAGCUUGGUAUUUAAGUGGAUAUAAGAUAUAGCAAUGGGCUCACUCCGAGUUUUCAGCCAUGAAUUUCUCGGUUAUCAAAACAUAUAUGUACCAAUUUUUGCAUCACUUCACAAGUUAUAUGCACUAUUCUAGUUUCUAGCUCC